AAAAAACCAAUGUUGCUGCUGUGUGAUGUGUCUAACUGAAAACCAAACCUAAUGCUUUGUUCAGUUUCACCAUACAAAGAUGUCAUUUAUUCUUCAACUUCAUCCUUGUAACUCUUCUUUAUGCUUCAGCUGCAACUCCUUCAUUUUCAGCAAGAAAUCAUAUAAGAAAGUUUGUUCUUUUCCCAAUACUGUUCUUUCCACUCCUCAUGGUUCAAUUGUCUCUAAGAAAGUUUCUAUUUUGAGUAAUACCCACUUCAACUUUUGCUCUAAAAAUGGUGGGUUUGACGAGGUUUCAAGUGAUUUAGCUGGAGAAGCCAUUGAUGAUGAAAUUCAAGUUGAGUUGUUGAACAAGCCUUCACCUGUUCUGGAAGUUGAGAUCGAACAAGAAAGGCCUUCUGAAGAGGAAGCUUUGGCACCUUUUUUUAAGUUUUUCAAAGGUAGUAAAGAUUAUGUGAAGGAGGUUGAAGAAGAUAAUGAGGUAUUGGAAUUGGAAGUUUCUGAAGAAAAAGAUGGUGUGAGUGAUGAGGUUGAAAAAGAAGAUGAAGGAAAAGAAGAAGGAGAAGAUAAGAAGGUUAAUGUUGAGUACUAUGAGCCAAAACCUGGUGAUUUUGUGGUUGGUGUUGUUGUUUCAGGUAAUGAAAACAAGCUUGAUGUAAAUGUUGGAGCAGAUUUACUAGGUACAAUGUUAACCAAGGAAGUGCUUCCUUUGAAUGGUAAAGAAAUGGAUCAUUUGUUAUGUGAUGUGAACAAGGAUGCAGAGAAUUUUACUGUUCAAGGGAAGAUGGGAAUUGUAAAGAAUGAUGAAGUAAUGAGUGGAGUAUCAGUGCCAGGAAGGCCUGUUGUAGAAACUGGAACCAUUUUGUUUGCUGAGGUUUUAGGUAGAACACUUAGUGGUAGACCAUUGAUUUCUACUAGAAGGCUCUUUCGCCGGAUUGCUUGGCAUCGAGUGAGGCAGAUACAACAGCUCAAUGAACCUAUCGAGGUUAGAAUUACAGAGUGGAAUACUGGCGGCCUGCUAACAACGAUUGAGGGUUUACGAGCUUUCCUACCCAAAGCUGAGCUUGUGACAAGAGUAAAUAGCUUUACUGAAUUGAAAGAAAAUGUGGGGCGUCGUAUGUUUGUAGAAAUUACUCGAAUAGAUGAAGCUAAAAAUUCUUUGGUGCUUAGUGAAAAGGGAGCUUGGGAAAAGGCAUAUCUUCGUGAAGGGACACUUUUAGACGGAACCGUAAAAAAGAUCUUUCCAUAUGGAGCACAAAUUAAGAUUGGAAAAACUAACAGAAGUGGGUUGCUGCAUGUUUCAAAUAUCACUCGAGCUGAAGUUACUUCUGUCAGUGACGUACUCUUCGUUGAUGAGAAGGUUAAGGUUCUUGUUGUGAGGUCAAUGUUCCCCGAUAAAAUCUCUUUGAGCAUUGCCGACCUUGAAAGUGAACCUGGACUUUUUCUUUCAAAUAAAGAGAGAGUAUUUAUGGAGGCUGAUAUGAUGGCAAAGAAAUAUAAACAAAAGCUACCUCCUCAUAUUGUCUCUACAAAAUUAGAACCCUUACCAACUAGUGCUUUGCCUUUUGAAAAUGAAGCCCUUUAUGCAAACUGGAAGUGGUUUAAGUUUGAAAAAUGAUGAUGAAGACAAGAGCAUGAAAGAAACUGUUCACUGAGACGAGCUCAAUUCAGAGAACCUUAUGUUGCAUGGCUCACCAGUCCAAUGACGGACAUGCUGUUUAAGAAGAAAAUAUGAAGAGCCUCCUCGACCUUGAGUGGUGAAGAUUUUUUGAUGCUGUCAUUUGUUCUCUUAUGUUGUUUGGUCACAUAAAGAGCAUGGGCUAUAAAGUAUUUGAUGAAAAGAAUCACAGUAAUUCACUUUUAUUCUUUUUUUUUCAACUUUAAAUUUCUUUCUUGUUGCCUUUUUUUUUUUUUUUUUUUUUUGAGUUUCUUCCCCUUCAUUUUAGGUGUUCAUUAUAGAUAGAUUCAUAUAGUUGGAUGUAAAUUCUGAGGGUAAACUAUAGUAAUUUAAUUUUGAUUUUUUCUCACAGAGAAGCUUCUUACACUAUCGUCUAAUUCUUGUUGACACUUUUGACCUUUUAUGUCACAAGAUUCAUUAAAUGAUGUUGUAACUCAUUCUGAACUGAUAGUGUAAAAUUUUGCCCUGUGAAGUAUCCAAGUUGUGAUUGUAAUCACGCCAUUCA